UUCCGAUGGUCAAUGAAUGCAUCUUCAGAUUGGAGAAACCUGUGCCCAACUAGUGUUUUAUUAACGGCUGUAUGUAGUAAGAUAGUGAUUUAAAACGUUUAAGGCGAAGACACAAAUUGACACAACUGCUAAAACUAGCAGUUUUCAAACAACUAACGUUAAUUAAACGUGUAGUUGUCAAACAAUGACAAAUUAGAUCUGGGUAAGUUAACCUUAAUCAGCUGAAGAAUUCAUUGCGGAUUUGGCUCGAGGACCUACCGUUAAAAGCGUUCGAGCUGAAACCGCUGUCUUAAGCUAACGUUAAGUUAAUUAACUUAAAUGUUAAAUGUAGGUAAUUGGCUUUAACUGUGAAAUAAGGCUACAUCUACAAUUUGCGCCUCAAUUCAAGAAAUGGAGCUCAUGAAGUGUGUCAGCCAUCAGCAGGCCAGCCAGUUGCUGCACAACAAGUUUGUUGUGGUGCUGGGGGACUCCAUUCAGAGGUCCGUUUACAAGGACCUUGUUCUGCUAUUGCAGAAGGAAAAGUUUCUCUCCACAAGGCAGCUGAAGAGCAAGGGUGAGCUGUGUUUCGAACAGGACUGCCUGGUGGAAGGUGGAUCGUUUGAUAAAAUGCAUAAUGGCACUGCGUACCGGGAGGUUCGCCAGUUCCGAUCCGACCACCAUUUAGUCAGAUUCUACUUUGUCACGCGUGUUUACUCUUCCUACAUGCAAAGUUUCUUUGAGGACUUGCGCAAUGGCUUAAAACCGGAUGUGAUCAUCUUUAACUCCUGUGUUUGGGAUAUUUCCAGAUACAAGUCCAGUUGGCUUGAAAACUACAAGGAAAACCUACACAUGUUCUUCACUCAGCUGAAAAGGAAUGUGCCUCAAGAAACACUGGUCAUAUGGAAUCUCACCAUGCCCUUGGGAAAGAGUAUUAAAGGCGGUUUUCUGGUGCCAGAGAUUGAGCACAAGGCUUCUCACCUGCGUUAUGAUGUGAUUGAAGCGAACUUCUACAGUGGUACUCUGGCUGAUGCCUAUGGAAUGGAUGUGGUGGACCUCCACUUCCAGUUCCGCUUUUCCCUGCAACAUCGCACCAGCGACGGGGUCCACUGGAAUGCCAUUGCCCAUCGCAAGAUAACUUCUCUGUUGUUGGAGCACUCUGCACAGGCCUGGGGAGUUUCUAUGCCCCUGGCUGCUGUGGCGAACACUGAGGUAGGUGCCCACUGGCCAGCCAAUGAAAACUCCACACCUACAGAGAGACACCCAUCGAGGAGAAAUUACAGCUACGGAGAGCGACAGUUUUCCGAUUUCCUAACCAACCCGGCGCCGCAUUACCUAGCACAACUCCCUCUCAGAAGUGGGUUCGACUACAGGCCGCCUAACGGGCACCAUCAACAGAACGUGAUGAGGAGGCAACGUGUCAGACUCCACUACGUUCCGUACGUUCACCCAAAAUAUCGUCAUUAGGACAUCCAGAGGCAGGGAGUUCUUACAAGGUGCAGAGAUGGUUGAGUCCCACUCGUUUUAGGCUUAAAACUACGAGGAAACGUUAAUAUGCCGAUUUUUACUUAAUGUCUUCUGGUUAUUUUUCCUCUACUGUAAUUUGCCAGUGUUUUUAUAGGAUUUAAGUUCUGGUUCCAAAUGUUUGAUUUUGAAUUCUGCACUUUUAAUUAAAAUUGAUGCUAU